AGUGAGCGCUUAGCCGGCAGUGCUGCGCUGGUCGGCGCCGUCCCCCGACCAGACCGCGAAGCCACAGCUGGCCGAAGUCUUGACGAACGCCGCCGUCUGACUCGCCGACAACGACAGCAGAAUAUAUUACCGACAGCACUUUUUAUUUUCGCGCUGAAGUGUUACGCAUUCGGCGAUUAUUUUUUUUACUGCGUUUUUUUCUGUCAAACAUUCUUUGCCGCUUUCACCUGGAAGCUUCCGUGACGGCGCCAUGCUUCACGGCUUUUCGUAGCGCCGCAGCCGCUUAGCGUGGCGUGGGUGGCCCGGCGCCGGCCUGUGCUGCCGAACCCAUGCUGGAGAUGCUCUUGUUCGCCAUGGGUCUGGACGAGCUCGCCGAAAACGAUGGCGAUCAUACAUCGGAAACCGGUCACCAGGACGGACCCACGGAUUCCAAGAUGUCACUGAGCCCAGCUGUGGGAGUGUCGCACGAUGCACCGGAAGUCAUGCAGGCGGAGAAGAUGAUGGAGCCCGCCACAGCCCCGGUGCCCCCGGGGGCGGGGCCAGGACAGCACAGCGCCCCUUCCUCGCCCUGCGUGACUCGCAAGAUCCCUCAAACGCUGAGUCUUGACGCUUCCAAGAUUCCUCAGCCUCUGGCCUCCCCGACUCCCCUCCGCCGCAGCGGUUCCCUUCGCCUCCGGGGCGAGAAGCAGGGGUUCGGCCAUUUGAGGCUCCCCUCCGGCAGAGGACAUGGACCAGGCACGAGAGCGUCGCCGGGGGCGACAUUCCCUUCCAUCACGGAGGCAGCCGAGUCGUGGAAGAAGUCUCUGAGGGGGUCUGGGGACGGCCCCAGCCUCGGCCUGCCUCUCCACAACAACUCCAAUUUGCACCAGCAACGGCACCAUCGCAGUCUGCAAUCUCUCUCUAGUCGACCAACUUCAAGGGAUUCAUUUCCCCAUACUCCGACUCCCUCUCCUGAAGACAUUGAUCUUCUACGGCCUCAAAAUUUAAAUCGUUUCUUGCUUGAUCAUGCAAGGGAGUUCAGUAGUGACCAAGAUGAUCUGGAUUCACUUCGUAGUUACGAAAGUAAUUGUAGCACUCAGUCAGCCUGUGACCACGCACAAUUUGGCCGGAAUGGAACGACAUUUUCUGGAAGACGAAUGAAGUAUAUAGUUCACUGUUCAUCUCAUCCCGAACCAAAUGAAUACCUCACCCCAACCCAAAGAGCUAACCAGCAAAUUCGCAGACUCAAGGUAUGUUUUUAUAGGAGAAAGAAACACCAGUCAAAAUUAUUUGAGCAAGCUUAUUAAAAGGCACAUUUUGACAUUAUUAAAGA